AUGGCUGGAGUUGAACUAGAAAUUGGAAAACCUGUGCAAGAGCUGGUAGAAAAUGGAAUUGAGUUUCCAAAUAAUUAUAUCUGGGAAAGUCCUAAUUUUGGAACCAUAGAUGCUUCUGUUCCACUAGGAGACAUUCCAGUAAUUGAUAUUUCUCAAUUGAAAUAUUCGGAUCAUCAACUUCGAUCAGCUCUUAGCUCAUGGGGAUGCUUUCAGGCAGUCAAUCAUGGAAUUGAAAAUUCCUUUCUGGAAGAAGUGUGUGAAGUUGCCAAACAAUUUUUUCAGCUUCCAAUGAUGGAGAAGGAAAAAUAUGCGAGACAGAAAGGGUCUUUUGAAUCAAUUAAGGGAGCUAUUCAAUGCCCACAAGAUGAACUAGAAGUUACGAACAUAGAUUAUCCAUUGAGAGACCUCGUGCAAAUCUACAUUCUUAUAGUUAUUCAAGUGCUUCAGCAAGAUGAAAGGGAGAUUAUAGGUUAA